AUGGGCUAUACUCUCUGCGUUCUAGGAUGCGGUACUAUGGGCGUCGCCAUCCUUUCCGGCGUCCUCGCCAGUCUUGACGCCAGACAUUCAUUCGUCCCUCAGCCCAAGAAAUGGGAGUCGCACACUCCGGGCACGGUCACCCCGCAAACCUUGGAGGACGAGUCCCUUCCUUCUCGCUUCAUCGCGUGCGUGAGCCGCGAGGAGACCGCAAAGAAGCUGGCAAACGCGUUCUUCUCUGCCGGUACUCUUGGACGGAAUGUCGAGAUCGUCCAAGCACGGAAUGUGGACGCGGCCCGCCAGUCCAAUGUCAUACUGCUCUGCUGCAAGCCGCAGAUAGCCCAAAAGAUCCUCAGCGAGUCGGGGAUGAAAGAAGCCCUAGACGGGAAACUGCUGAUCAGCAUCCUGGCCGGGGUAACCAUCGCGCAGCUCGAGGCGAUGGUCCUGCCUUCCACGAAGGUCGUGCGCGCGAUGCCCAAUACCCCCUGCAAGAUCCGUGAGGGCAUGACGGUCGUCAGUACCCUCGAGCCGUCGGACGAGUCUGAGCUUGAGAGGUCCAUCAUCCUCAACAUAUUUUCGUCCAUUGGCCGAUGCCGCUUCCUGGAAGAGAAGCACUUCGACGCUUGCACGGCGCUGUCCGGGUCUGGGCCCGCGUUCGCUUGCAUCUUCCUUGAGGCAAUGGCCGACGGCGGAGUGAUGAUGGGGCUGCCGCGCGCGGAAGCGUUAGAGCUCGCAGCACAGACGUUGCAGGGAGCCGCCCGAAUGACACUGCAAGCCGGUACUCAUCCUGCGCAGCUCAAGGACGCUGUGACGACUCCUGGUGGCUGCACAAUUGCGGGCUUGUUGGCUAUGGAAGACGGUCGUGUUCGUUCGACUAUCGCUCGUGCCAUCCAGGUAGCUACAGAGAGGGCGAGCGAGCUUGGGCAACCGGGCAAAAGAUAG